AUGAGUGAUGAAAAAAAAACAAUCACUUUUGCGACCACGGCCGACAGCUGCCCGGCGGCGGACUCGCGGUCGAGGAAAAGCUCGUGGGGGUCUCUAAAGUCCAAAAUCAAGCCCGUGGUGCGCGCGCGGUCGCGCGAGCGACCGGCCUCGUGGCUCCUACCGCGCCGGUUCUCGUCGUCGUCUCUGAAAUCGCCGGACACACCGACCGGCGACAGCCAGCCGCCAGGGGCCGCGUCGGCGCCUCCGCUGCGGUCCAUGGCCUCCGACUCGUCGUCUCUGGAGCUCCGUCUGGAGUCCAGCAGCUCGCUUAUUUCAGACAAGAGCAAUGGCCAGCUGUCGCGGAUCAAACAGCGCACAAAAUCGAUUUUCAUGCUGGACGCGCCCUCCAGCUCGUCCGAGUCCUCGUCAAAGCCCGCCACGCCGUCCAACGUCAAGUUCACGCUCGCCCCGGACCCCGACGACGAGAACGAGAUGAUUCUCACGGUGUCGAGGCCCUCGUACCGGCGGUCGCACUCGAUGAACGACGGGCCCGAAGACAAGGAGCCGUCCAGCAUCCCGAGCGGCCGCACAGACACAACGACAGACUCACCCGAUUCCAACAAGAUCUCCCGACAGCGGUCGAAGACGCUCAAUGCGCUGGACGAGGAGAGACGCGAGCUGAGCCCGGGAAUCCUCAAUUCGCUCACAGGUUUCAUGAGACGGCGUGCGCCCACCUCGCGGACCACCUCGUCCAGCAGGCUGGACGAGUUUGUGGAACAGAGUCUCGCCGAGCUGCUCACCGUCGGGGACUCCGAGACGCCAGCGCAGUACCUUGACCGGUUGCUCCAGAACUACCCCGUCACCAACAUAGCCAGUCUGCUGCUUUCCAACGAGUCGGAAUUCUCCAAGCAGUGCAUGCGAGAGUUUCUGGCACGCUACUUCGAUUUCUCCCAGGAACCGCUCGACCUGUCGCUGCGCAAGUUCCUCAUGAUCAACGAACUGCCCAAGGAGACCCAGCAGAUCGACCGAGUCAUCUACGAGUUUAGCCGUCACUACUGCGCCCAACACCGGGACGCCGGCAUAAACGAGGACUACUGCUACAUUUUGACGUACUCGCUAAUCAUGCUGCACACAGAUCGGUUCAACCAGAACAACAAGAAGAAAAUGGCCAAGUACGAGUUUGUCGACAAUUUGCUGGCUACGCUCGAACAGAACGAGGACUGGGGCAAGAACGGCGAGCUCUCGAAAAUCAGCAUCAAGGCGGUACUGGAAUACUACUACGACAACGUCACGUACACGCCGUUCACCAACAUCCCCAAAGACCAGAGCGAUAGAAUCCUGGAGAGUCUCAUCAACAAGACGCCGCUGCCGUAUCCUUCUGGGAGCUUUUUGAACGGUGCCGCGUCCACCACGGCGCCAGUGAUACUGACAAGAAAGAGAAGCAGCACGUUCCGCUGGAGCAGCGUGUCGAUCGACCCGUACGAGUACAUCAUCAACCACAACGCAAGCGAGCUCAAGAUGGACGUGCCGUUUGACUUCAGGAACCCGUUUCUGCUCACCACGGCCGAGUACGACCCAGACGACAUCAUCGGGUCGCAAAUCGUGCCGGACGAGCAGUAUUUGGACGAGCGUCUGCUGGGCAACGUUCUGAACACACUGAAAGGCAGCCAUUGCUCAAUGCUGCUCAAAGUUGCGAAAAGUAAGGCCGCCUAUUUGCUGGGGAGCAGGACAGAGGUGAUCAACUACAAUUGCGAAGCCACGGGCGAGGAGUAUCUCAUUACGCGUAUAUUCAAAAUCGGCAUGCUCACGCGCCAGGAAACGAAACUCCUGUCGAACUACAAGUCCUGGAAACGGUACUUCUGCGUGCUCACGUCGGUGGGGCUGUUUUUCUUCAAGAACGUCUCGCUGUUCAAGAUGAAGUACGUGAUGAACUCCAAGCGCGAAAAAACGAUCGUUCUGGAGGAAAAGGCAAGCAACACGCCCAUCCUGGAGUCGCCCGAGCCGAGCUUCAUGAUCCCGAACGGCGCGUUCGCCGUGCGAAUGCGCAGAAACCUGUACUUCGACAGUCUCGUCAGCGACGCGCAAUCGUCGCAGCUGCAACACUGCACUUUCUACAUCUAUGGAAAACACUCCAAAGACGUGUACAUGGUGGACAACCAGUACGAGCUGGUUUCGUGGGUCAACUCGAUCAACUGUCUUUCGGCGCUGGACCCGGUGAACCUGCCGAUCGAGAAGCUGGACCUGCCGCCCACCGACGCGUCGAUCGGCGAGGUAAUCAACCUGCGAGUUCUGACUGCUGCCGAGCGGCUCGAGAAACUGAACCAGGCGAUCGACACGUCGACAAAAACGCUGCAGGACUUCUUCCUCAUGAUCAGAAGGGUCUCGCUGCUGACGCCGUUCCAGGCCAAGACGCGAGAAACGCUCCAUUCGGGCGUGAAGCUGUUUGCCGUCAAGAUCGAGUGGACGUGGUUCGAGCUGUCGCGAAACUCGCUGUUCCGGCACAUUUUCGAGCGCGCGUACGAGCAGCUGGAACAACAGCGCGCCGAGUCCGAGGACGAGGAGUUUGUCACGGCGAUCGACAUUCUGCAGGAGUGA